AUGAACGGAAGAAAUGAAGAAUAUAAUGUACAAGAAAACAAUGUUCCUGACACCUAUAGAGAUCGAAUAUUGAAAUGGAAUGGAUGGGGCUAUGCAGAUUCUUCUUUUAUACUUAAGGAUCGUAGUAAUGCUAUUCUUACGGGUAAUAGGUAUGAUUUGUCAGGUCAAGCGUUGCCCUAUCUCUUAAAAUAUAUGGAAACAAGACUUGGUGUCCAUCCCGAUAUUCAAACUCCAAGUGUACGUUAUGAAGACUUAAUCAUUCCGGUUUCAUUUGAUAAUCAAGAUUUUAUCAAUUUUUUGCUAUCAAACAAUAUAUCCUUUUCUAACAAGUCUAAUUAUCGACUAGUUCGAUCUCAUGGACACACAGUACAUGAUAUCGCUAAUUUACGAAAUGGUACUAUUGGACGCAUUCCAGAUAUCAUCGUAUGGCCUAAAAAUGAGGAAGAAGUUCUGACCAUUAUUGAUGGCGCUAUGAAAUUUAAUGUUGUCAUAAUACCGAUUGGUGGUGGAACUUCGGUAACAGGUGCACUGGAUUGUCCAGGUGAGGAGGCACGAUGCAUUUGUUCCUUAGAUAUGGCACUGAUGAAUGCAAUUAUUUAUAUUGAUGAUAAGAAUCUCCUUUGUCGAGCUCAGGCUGGCAUAAUUGGACAACAUUUGGAAAAACAACUAAAUGAAAGAAAUUAUACUUGUGGACAUGAACCAGAUUCUGUGGAAUUCAGUACACUUGGCGGAUGGGUUUCAACACGAGCAUCAGGAAUGAAAAAAAAUAAAUAUGGCAAUAUUGAAGACUUGAUAGUUCACGUUUCGCUUGCUACUGCGAGAGGAAUUAUUCGCAGACAGUGUCAAGUUCCUCGAGUAUCUGGUGGACCGGAUUUGCAGCAUAUAAUUCUUGGUUCUGAAGGAAUUCUGGGAGUGAUAACAGAAGCAACAUUGAAAAUUUUCCCGAAACCAGAAGUAAAGAAAUAUGGUUCAUUUGUUUUUCCAACAUUUGAACAUGGUGUAAAUUUCUUCCGUGAAGUUGCAAGACAGCGCUGUCAAUGUGCAUCGUUACGAUUGGUUGACAACGAGCAGUUUUUGAUGGGACAAGCAUUGAAAACUUGCAGUGGCUCAUUAUUGAAAAGUUUAAAACAUGCUCUGGAAAAUUUAUAUGUUACAAAAUGGAAAAAUUUUAAGCUUGAUGAAAUUGUGGCAGCAACAUGUGUUUAUGAGGGAACCAGAGGAGAAGUUUGCAGUGAAGAGCGGAAACUUACCACUUUAGCAGAAAGUAUGAAUGGUAUUAGUGGCGGUGCUGAUAACGGGGAAUACGGUUAUCGAUUAACUUUUGCAAUUGCAUAUCUUAGAGAUUUUGGAAUGCAAUUUUCAAUAAUGGGUGAAUCGUUUGAGACGUCUGUUCCAUGGGAUAAAGUAAUAACUGUGUGUCGAAAUGUGAAAGAAGUAAUCAGACGGGAAGGAAUGGCACGUGGUGUGAUACUACCUCCUCUUGCCACUUGUCGAGUAACUCAAAUUUAUGAUUCGGGUGCUUGCGUAUACUUUUAUUAUGCAUUCAAUUACCGUGGCAUACUCACUCCCAUAUCACUAUGUGAUCGAAUUGAGAAAGUAGCUCGCGAUGAGAUCAUUGUUUGUGGUGGAAGUAUAUCGCAUCAUCAUGGUAUUGGUAAAUUACGAAAGUAUUGGUAUCCUGCAAGUGUUAGUGAUGCUGGAUUAUUAGCAGUUAGAGCACUAAAAGAGAAACUUGAUCCUAAGAAUAUCUUUGGAAGUGGAAAUCUAAUCGAUGUUGAAAUAGAAAAAAGCAAACUGUGA